UGCACAACAGCAUCCUUGGUCAUUUGAGCUGAUACGCUUCUGAUACUAUAACGAGGCUCACCGAGUUUCUGCUUUACAGGACGUAUCAUUUGGAGAUUAAUGAAGUGAUAGAUAAGAUGCACAGUUUGAGAAGUUAUCGUCUGAAUUGUUUCUUAACUACUUUGGGAUUGCUCAUAUCUUCCUCUCAAGCUGUUGAAUACAUCACUAAAUGUGGACUCAGGUGCUCUCAGGGUCUCCAAUGCAAAAGCAAAAAUAGGACUUUAAGUUAUCAGUACAGCAGCUGUCUCGAGCAACCAUCAUCCAUGCCCUCAAAAAUCUUAGAGGACCUCAAAAUAUUCACAGUGUUGAAAUGUGUAAAGGAAAAACAAUGUUCCAUAUUCCUGAAUGUUAAAGGGACAUUGCUGCUCAAUGAACAUAUUCGUGGCGUGGAGAUAUGCUCCUCUUCAAUGAGCACCUUUCAAUACCAAUGUUUAACUGUGAAAUUCAAUAAGCACAAUUAUAAGGAGCUUGCUGCACAACCUGUGUUUAUUGAAUAUGAUUGCUUCAGUACUUCAAUGGCUGAAUAUAAUGCCGUAACAAUUAAAACAAUCCCUCACUAUUGUGGUGUCCUUCUAAAACAAGAGCAUCGAGUAGAAGAUUGUACAGACAAAGAUAUUGGACGAAAUAUCCCAACUUGCAUAGUUGGUAAAUUAGACUAUGAUAUUGACAAAAGCCAGAAGACAUUAUCAGUCCAAGCUUCUGACUUCCUUGAAGAUUACGCCUACCAUGUGCGUUUAUGCCUCAAAUGGUUUACGUGUGAAGAUCUGGGAACAAGUGCAUUGAUUGAGGUAGAAGACCUCAAAAAUGUCACUUUACCGUACUCUCAGAUAUUGCCCUGCCUAUGCAUUGAGGGCUGGUCAGCACUUCCUGAUGCUAGGAGGAUCCAACUUUGUCCAUUUAAAAACUAUACAGAGGAACUAUGGAAUGGCUUAACAUACAAUCACAAAUUGCAGGAGUUGUCAUGGGAACCAUCCUGCCCUGUUGAUGUUAAUGUAAACCUCUGUUGGAUGAGUGAAAGCAAUGAGAAUUGCAUUGAUCUACAGAACUCCUUCCACAAAGUACAACACAAGGUCACGUAUUCACGCAUAGAUCCACAUCCAAAGCUCUGCAUAAAGUUUACCACUGACAAAGGUUCUUGGGUCAGAUGUCCUUUUGCUUAUGGAUAUUUACCAGCUUGGAACAUGAGUAUCACUGAGCAGCUGAACAAACUGCAGCUUACUUUUGUGACUCAAGACAAAGCAGAAUUCAAGAUGGCUCUGUGCAAUAGGACUGCAGCCAACAAGUGUGAACCAAUAAAGGAGCUGUAUAUUACUGCAGGAACAAUGGGUGUCUAUUCUGAAGUUUUCAACUUUCCUUAUGAUGAACGUGACAGCAACAUUUGUGUGCAGGGAUGGCGGACAGAUAUAGAAUAUUCAGUUCGGAUACAGAUCUGCGGCAUGUUGUCCAAAGAAAACUACACUAAGGCUUCCCCACAAUUUCUCUGGCCAAUGGCAAUCACUGCUAUUUUAUUGAUUACAGUGACCCUGGUGAUUUUUACUGGAUACAUGUUAUUCACAGCGCUUCAACCGCCUUACCAGAAAGUGUUCCUGUAUUCAAGCCAAUUAUCCAGAAGCAUCGACGUGGACGUGAAAGAAAUUUCUCACUUUUGAAAGUUUUGCUAUCCACUUUGAGCUAACCAAAGAAUCUUGGUGUGAAAUGAGGAUGAAGUUUACUCUAAGCUGUUUGUAUGGGGAAAAUAAUGCUUCGGACCAUCAACAGAUGUCUUGAUAGUUAUUCCUCUGGAAGAUGACCAAGAUUAUAAAUGCAGCACUUCAAAUUUGAUUAAAGAUUUCCAAAGAGAAAGUUCAGUGUUUAGUUAAGAAAGAUGGCAAGACUAAUAGGUUUGACUCUUGAUAAUGUUGCUGUUCUGUUCCUGAUAAUAAACCAAGCAUUUCAGUCUUAAUAUGUGUGGAUAAAACUACAUAUAGCUAUUUAACUCAUUAUAAUCCAUGUCAAAUGUAUGUGACUUAUUGUUUGCAAAAAUAUAUUAGAGGCGUGUUUUCACCUUUUGCUGUUUGCUUGUACCUUAAAUACCAGUUAUGAAGAAACAAACCUCCUACUUUUUUAGUGUGUCCAUCCUUGUCAAAGGCUGACUAUAAAUCUGAGUCAUUUAGAUUGUCCAGUGGUAACACAUCAGUGCUUGGUGCAGAAAAGUAAAAAGAUAUUUUUUGUUUUGCAGAAAGACAACCUCAUUUUUAACCUUGUCCAAAAUAAAUGACACCCAUGGCAGUACUAAAAUAUCUCGAGCACUAGUUCUGAGUUUGAACGGAGAUGUAUUAUCAAUUAACUUUUAGAAAUAUCUAUAUUUGAAUUAAUGUGAAUUUUAUAAAGAUUUGUGGUGACAACCUAUUUGGAAAUAAUGUUUCCAUGAUCGGACUACAAUACCCAACUAAAUAUAUUUUAAACUCUAAAUUAAGUGAGACUGAUAUUGAGUUAAGAUUGUAAUGAAUAUUCCACAUGGUGAUUUGUUGAACCAUUUUGUAUUUGCUGUUGUGUUAAUAUCAAUAUGGCAUUUGUAUUUUAAAAUGUAUUUUAAAAUAUACUUCUGAGUAUUACAAAUUGUGUUUUAUUGGAAUGUACACCUUCCCUUUCAGUGAGAAUGAUUUAUAUCUGUUACAACAUAUUGUGAUACAAAUAAUAGUGAAUCUGCAAUUUGGAACAACCAUUUAAAAUUUUAGACACCUGCUAGAUAGAAGUUUUUUUUACAUGGAACUUUUAUAAUUUAAUGUGUGAGCCAUUGAAUUAAUUACCAUUAAGAAAUGGUUUGGUACAAGUUCUCUGAGGUACAAGAAGGUAUGAAAUAAUAAAUUAUAAUCAUGGUAAUUGGUUAUAGUUUGUUAGAAAUGCCAUUUGAUUUAUUAACAUAUAAAACAAAAUGAAAGUGUGUUUUCAUUGAAUAUCUUAGUGUUCUGUUCCUCCUGUAUUAUAUAUAUGUAUUUAUAAGCUGAAAAUGAAUUUAGAAAGCAAUACAAAAAUUCAAUUGUUUUUUAACCAUGUAAAUAUACAAUAUCAUUUGUUAAGUGUGUGAAAUAGAACUUCAUUAUAAUUUUCA